AUGAGAGGUAUUGCUGUUUUCCUUGCUUUCAUAUCAUUAAUAUUUGCCUCCCCCUUGACUGUAAAGUCACCCCUUGUGGACGACUUCUAUACUGCUCCUGAUGGGUAUGAGUCAGCUAAAUUGGGAGAAAUCUUAAAGUUGAGAAAAACUCCCAGUAAACUCAGUAGUAUGUUUUUUGAGAUCGAUAUUAAGAACUCCUGGCAGCUUUUAGUUAGAUCUGAAGAUUCAUUUGGAAAUGCAACAGCAAUUGUUACCACAGUUAUCGAACCAUACAACGCUGACCCAUCCAAAGUCCUUUCUUAUCAAACUUUUGAAGAUUCUGCAAAUAUUGAAUGUUCACCUUCUUACGGUAUGCAAUAUGGUGCCCCUUGGUCAACUGUGGCUACUCAAAUUGAUAUGGCUUUAAUGGUACCUAUGUUGAAGCAAGGUUAUUACGUUGUCAGUCCUGAUUAUGAGGGACCAAAAUCCACAUUUACUGUUGGUAGACAAUCUGGGAAAGCCACUUUAGAUUCCAUUAGAGCUAUUCUAAAAUCCAACAAAUUCACUGGGAUCAAGAGUGAUGCAAAAGUCGCCAUGUGGGGAUACUCUGGUGGUUCAUUAGCUUCUGGUUGGGCUGCUGCAUUACAACCUAAGUAUGCUCCAGAAUUGAAGAAAAAUUUGAUUGGUGCUGCCCUUGGUGGGUUUGUCACUAAUAUUACUGCCACUGCCGAAGCAACCGAUGGUACAUUAUUUGCGGGAUUGGUUCCAAAUGCCUUGAGUGGGUUAGCUAAUGAGUAUCCCGAAUUCAAAGAAAUACUUUACCAAAAAGUCUCCAAAGCUGCUACUGACAAUUUGCGUCAAGGUACUGAACAUUGUAUUGGAGGUGCUAUUCUUUACUUUGCUGAAGACCAAUACUUCACUGGCGAUGAUAGAGCUUUCCCUGGAGGUUAUGGAUUACUUAAAGAAGAGGUGGUGAACAAGACUAUUCUGGAAAACAAUUUGAUGCAAAUGGAUAAAGAUUAUUUACCAGAUAUUCCAAUUUUUGUAUACCAUGGUGCAUUGGAUUCCAUUGUUCCAAUCAGUAACGUCCAUGUCACUUAUAAAAAUUGGUGUGAUUGGGGGAUCAACUCAUUUGAAUUUUCUGAGGAUUUAUUAAAUGGCCAUAUCACCGAAACUAUUGUUGGGGCCCCGGCAGCUAUAACAUGGUUAGAAGCAAGAUUUGACGGUGAACCAGUCGUCAAGGGAUGCAAAAAGACUUCCAGAAUCACCAACUUUUCUUAUCCAAACAUUUCUGAUUCUACUAGUAGUAUCUUCGAAGGGAUUCUCAAUUCUGUUACUGGUUCCGAAUUGGGUCCAGGUGUCACCUCUGAUAACAUAACGUUGGAUGGAUUAACCGGAUUCUUGGGGAACUUUAUUGACUUAAAAUAG